AAAAAGGUUAAGUGGGGGCAAUUGCGAUUUAUGUAAACAACCAUCAGUUUCCAGUUUCCACUACACACCAUCCAUGGCCAUGGCCACCACUCGAAACCUUUCUUCUUACUCCCCUUUCCUUGUAUUGCCUACCACCACCACCGCAGCAUCUCCUGCUAUGUUUCAAUCUAAUCCUACUACUAGUAUUAGUAUUAGAGCUUUACUCACCACUCCGCCUGCGUCUAUUUCUCAUUCACGUCCUCAAAUUCUAAACAUUCCUACCAAAACCAAUCAAUUGCUUUACUUGGAACACUCCAAACAUACACAACGGGAACCUCCUCGUUGGUUUUCUCCGUUGGACUCCUUCUCUUCCUCUCGAUUGCCCAACUCCCCUCUUCUCCUCUAUUUACCAGGUAUUGGUGGAAGUGGACUCGGCCUUUCUUUGCAUCAUCCAAGACUUGGAGAGAUGUUUGAUAUAUGGUGCCUGCAUAUACCUGCUACAGAUAGAACACCAUUCCCAGAACUAGUGAAGCUGGUUGAAAGCACUGUUAAGUCCGAGCAUUGCCAAUCGCCUGAAAGGCCAAUAUAUCUCGUGGGCCAGUCUUUUGGGGCUUGCCUUGCACUUUCUGUUGCUGCACGCAAUCCUGAGAUUGAUAUUCUCUUAGUUUUGGCCAACUCAGCUACAUGUUUCAAUGGGUCACAGUUUCGUCCAUUGAUACCCUUGUUAGAAGCCAUGCCAAAGGAACUUGGUGCCAGCCUGCAUGAUAUGCUUAAUCUGAUCACAUGCAUGGCUACACAACAAAGAGAUACAGGGCUCUCUGAGGCUCUUGUAGCAAUGUUCUCCGACCUUCCUGGCCUAGCUGAAGUAUUAUCCAUGGAGACGCUUGUAUGGAAAUUGAAGUUGCUUGAUUCAGCUUGUUCCUACACCAAUUCACGACUCCAUGCUGUCAAAGCUCAGACACUUAUUCUCUCCAGUGGUAAGGAUCAAUUGUUACCAAGUCGACAGGAAGGCCAAAGACUUCAUCGUCUACUACCAAAAUCUGACAUUCGUAUAUUUGAGGACAGUGGUCACGUGCUCUUUAUGGAGCAAGAUCAUGACUUGGUUACUACUCUAAAAGGCACCAGUUUUUAUCGCCGUACAAGAAAUGUUGAUUACGUAUUAGAUUACUUGCCACCAACCCCUUACGAGUUUCAGAAAGCAAGAGAAUCACACAGAUUUGUGGAGGCAGCUUUCUCUCCUGUGAUGCUGUCGACUUUGGAAAAUGGGAAGAUAGUUAGAGGGCUCUCAGGGAUACCUUCAAAAGAUGAGGGUCCGGUUUUAUUUGUUGGGUACCACAUGAUGCUAGGGCUUGAAUUGGCUCCCUUAAUUGCUCGUAUUUUUUCUGAGAGAGGGGUACUUGUGCGAGGGGUAGCUCAUCCAAUGAUUUUUAAGAAACAGAAACAAGGAGGGAGAUUGCCUGAUAUAUCACAAUAUGAUACAUACAGGCUUAUGGGAGCAGUUCCUGUCUCACCAACUAACCUCUUUAAACUCUUCAAAACAAACUCCCAUAUACUUCUCUAUCCAGGUGGCAUGCGUGAAGCUCUUCACAGAAAGGGUGAGGAGUAUCAAUUAUUCUGGCCAGACCAGUCUGAGUUUGUGAGGAUGGCUGCUAUGUUUGGAGCCAAAAUCAUACCUUUUGGUGUUGUUGGAGAAGAUGAUAUUGGUGAGUUGAUUUUUGACUAUGAGGACCAAAUGAAGAUUCCAUAUCUCAGACAAUUUAUACAGGAAUUAACUGAUGAGGCCGUGCAGCUUAGGAGUAAUGUUGAAGGUGAAGUAGCAAACCAAGAUGUACACUUUCCAGUGAUGCGUCCCAAACUACCUGGGAGGUUUUAUUAUCUUUUUGGAAACCCAAUUGAAACAAAAGGGAGACAGCAGGAGCUAAGGAACAGGGACAAGGCACAUGAGUUGUAUGUAGAGGUGAAGUCGGAGGUAGAAAGGUGUCUAUCUUAUCUAAAAGAGAAAAGACGGAAUGAUCCUUAUCGGAGUAUAUUAUCACGUUUGGUUUACCAGCUCACACAUGGCCCUGAAUCUGAAAUCCCAACAUUUGAACCCUAAAAUUCAUUUACUUAUCACAAUUUAUACAAAUCAUAUUCAUACAGGACUUGUGCUACGUAUGGUUUACAAGCUUACGAUUUGAAAGAUAAAACUCUAAAAUCCUAAAACUUAUGCUCA